AUGACAAAUCACUGGGAUCGACAGCAUAACUUGGUAACGUCGUGCUUUCUACGCAGCUGGAUAUAUAGAGCGGGCCCGUCGUACCUGUCGGGCGAACCUCCCAGCACAUGUGGCAGUUGCAGACGCCGCAAAAUUAAAUGCGACGGUGUGCGACCAGCGUGUGGGCCUUGCACAAGACACAAUAACAACUCCCGCCGACGCUCUGCUGGACAGGAAUGGUGUGAAUACGCCUACGAAGAGAGUGUCGAACCCAGAAGUCGCGAAUCUUUCGACUCUGAUUUAGCAUCUCCGACUUCGGUAAAUUUCGAUAGCAGCCCACAGCCUGCACACAGACAAACACGUCCAGUAGUACCCGCUAGCACUUCGAUCCAGAACAACUCCAGCCAGGACCUAUUGCCGCUGAAUCUCGCCUGCAUCCAAGUCUUUCUCCGUCGAUUUUCUUCUUCUCCGUACUGGUUUAUUGAGACAAACCAUUUCCGCCAAUUGCACCAUCCGCCCACGCCGCCUCGUGCCAACUCCCUUUUGGCUUCCAUUUACUUAUGGGCAGCCACGAUCGAGCCCAACUCGGAGUUUUGUACCGGGAACGAACUUGCGGUAGCGGAGCAUUACCUUGAAGCGGAUCUUUCCCUCGCCUCGGCGGCUGACAGGGACUCGAAUUCUACGCUGGACAUCAUCCAGUCUUUCGUUAUGAUGUCUGUCUACUUCCUCCAUUAUGGGAACUACGAAGAGGGGCGACGACUCUGCAUUCGCGCCAUCGAAUUUGCUCAUGCCCACCAAAUAUUGCAGAACGCUGGGCCGGAGAUUCGUCGAUGUCGGCAGACCGUCUCGUUCCUCUCGAAUGCGUGGGAUGUCCUCGGAGGCCUUCCGGGUCUGCUGGACCUGCCAGAACUACAGCCGCCUAGCGAUUCUACCAUAGGCAUGACGGACAUCACGGGGGGCCACGCGCUCAACUUCCUCAUCGACGCCUGUCAGCUGCUCAAGCAGAGCACCGAUGCGGCGACGCGCCAGCCAAUAUCCACUCAGCACCUCCACCGUCUUGUCCUCGAAGUAACCGCCUUCAAAACGCGGCUUAUCUACCUCCGUCGGAUGGACGAGUCGCUGCGCUCGUCAUUCUCCAGCUCGCUCCUUCUCGCGGGCUGUCUCGCCAACAUCGCGUUGCUCGGCCUAUACUGGCGCAUAUCCACAGUCGCCCCCGCGAACUCAGACGAGCGCCUGCUUGUCGCGAUGACCCAGGCCAUUGCAGAUGUGGAGCGCUCCGAUGAACAUCGGCUCGACCCGCUCAUCGGGCCUCUGAUUUCCGCCGUCUCCAAUUUCUACAUCGCGCAUCUGCUGUCGACAGCGUCACACACGCACUCGCAGGCCAUCCUCCUGCGGCUGCUGUCUCUCGUGUCGCGGCUCGCACCCGUGUUCCCCUCAAUCAAUCCUUGUUUGGAUGUGUGUUUGCAGGCGUAUAUGGUCACUGAGCUGUAA